AUGGCAACCUCCAACACCACAAGCGUGAGCUUGAAGCUCCUGAUCGACACAAAGGGUGGCAAAGUUUUGUUUGCCGAAGCAGACAAGGAUGUUGUUGAUUUUCUCUUCACUCUCCUGUCUCUGCCUGUUGGGACUGUGAUCAGGCUCCUCUCUAAGGACGCCAUGGUUGGUACCUUGGGCAAACUUUAUGAGAGUGUUGAAAAUAUUAGCUACACAUACUUGCAACCCAAUCUCAUAAAGGACACGUUGCUGAAACCAAAGGCAGCAGUUGCUGUUUCCAAUAUCCUUCUUUUGCUGACCAACAACGUUGACUCGAAUGCAAAACAGUUCUACAUAUGUGCAAACUGCAAUCGCCGUUUUUCCGAUGUGUCUGGAACCGUUUGCCCAAGUUGCAGGUAUGCCAUGUCCACUCAGAUGACUUAUGUUUGCCCACAAGCUUCUUCUACUGCGGCGGCAACAUCCGGCGAGGGAGGGUAUGUCAAGGGCGUAGUGACAUACAUGAUCAUGGAUAACUUGGAGGUGAGGCCAAUGUCCACCAUUUCAAGUAUUUCCAUGCUGAACCAGUUCAAUGUGAAGGAAGUUGGUGCUCUUGAGGAGAAGGUGGUUUUUUUUGGCAAGGAUGAGGGUUUGAAGCUGCUGAAGGCAUCGUUGGAGACUAGUACAGUCCUUACUAAUGUGUUCCUGGGUAAUGACAGAUUUGUAUACGUAGAGUUGCUUUGUGGUCGACUGAUGAUGCAGAGUCCAAGGUCUGUCCUUAGUAUCCCCUCAAUGGCUACCACCAACAGCGCUAGCGUGAGUUUGAAGCUUCUGAUUGACACAAAAAGCUACAAAGUUCUGUUUGCUGAAGCAAGCAAGGAAGUUGUUGAUUUCCGUUUCAGUUUUCUGUCUUUGCAUGUUGCAACUGUUACUAGGCUCCUCUCAACUGAUGGUAUGGUUGGUUGCUUAGGCAACCUUUACCAGAGUGCCGAAAGUCUUAGUGUCAACUCAUACUUGCCACUCAAUCUGAAGGACACCCUGCUCAAACCCAAAACAACAAUUUCUGCUGCCAAUAUCCUUCAAUUGCGAUUGCCGGCCAACAAUGACUAG